GCGAGCUUGGUUCCCGAACUUGAAAUCAAAUUUCAGAAAACGUUGAAAAAGAUUCAUCAUCAUCACCGUCUUCUCCGUCUGAGAGCAAAAGAGAUGAUGAGCUCAGCAACAUCAAUUGGAAACUGGAAGCACACUGUUCUCUACUUCACCUUAAUCGUAUCACUUCUCUACUUCAUCGAAUCCCAAAUCUCGCAUAAGUUACACAUCAAUCAUAACAACAUCCGUCUGAAGAGGUCCCCGAAUCUUCCUCUACGGUUCCGUGACGAUGGCACCUUCAAAAUCCUCCAGGUCGCGGAUAUGCAUUUCGGAAUGGGAAGUAUAACUAGAUGUAGAGAUGUGUUGGAUUUUGAAUUCGACUACUGUUCUGAUCUUAAUACCACUCGGUUCCUUCGAAGGAUGAUUGAAGCUGAGAGACCUGAUUUGAUUGCCUUUACUGGGGAUAACAUAUUUGGAUCAAGCACUACUGAUGCAGCUGAAUCCCUUCUUGAAGCCAUUGGUCCAGCUAUUGAAUAUGGAAUCCCAUGGGCUGCCAUUUUAGGAAAUCAUGACCAAGAAUCCACUUUGGACCGUGAAGAACUGAUGACUUUCCUUUCUCUUAUGGAUUUUUCUGUCUCGGAAAUCAAUCCACCAGUCGAAGAUGAAAUCAAAGGAGGCACAGUGAGAUCAAUUGACGGCUUUGGGAAUUACCACCUCAGAGUACACGGUGCACCUGGUUCCGAGCUGUCAAAUAGCACUGUCUUUGACCUCUUCUUUCUUGACAGUGGAGAUAGAGAAAUAGUCCAAGGUAGAAGAACUUAUGGAUGGAUCAAGGAAUCCCAACUUCGUUGGCUUCAAGAUACUUCUAAACAUGAUCAUAACCAGGGGAUUCCCGGUAUUCCUCCAGCGAUAGCCUUCUUCCACAUCCCAAUCCUGGAAGUCCGUGAUCUGUGGUACACACCCUUUAUUGGGCAGUUUCAGGAGGGUGUGGCAUGCUCCGUUGUUCAGUCGGGAGUCUUACAGACCUUUGUAUCGAUGGGAAAUUUAAAAGCUGCGUUCUUUGGACACGACCAUGUCAAUGAUUUCUGCGGAAAUCUAAAAGGGGUAUGGUUUUGUUAUGGUGGAGGAUUCGGAUACCAUGCUUACGGAAGACCAAAUUGGCACAGAAGAGCAAGAGUGAUAGAGGCUAAACUCGGGCAAGGAAGAGACACAUGGACAGGAAUUGAACUUAUCAAGACGUGGAAACGUCUCGAUGACCAAGACUUGAGCAAGAUAGACGAGCAAGUAAUCUAAACUUCCGAUACAUAUCUGAAAUGAAAAAAGGAUAAAGGGGCAAAGACAUUUAAGGUACUUAUCUUGUCCUGACAUAAAAAACCCAUCUUUGGAUGUUUUGUCUGAGAAUUUUCUGAGUCUCAUUCCUUGCAUAUGAUAGAUUUGAGUCUGUUGUCGUGAAAAACGUUUUUCAGAUGGUCGAAAAUUCGUUUAAGUUUAAUAACGUCAGCUUUCGUGAGGUCCUGAGGACAAAUAGCACUGUCGAAACAUAUGUGAAUAGAAACACCGAAAUUUCGUUUGGGAUGCUUUGAAUGAUCACUUCGUUGCUGUUUCGGUGUGAAUGUGUGAUCUCUUUGACUAUCUGACAUAUUUCGUUUUUUCUUGAAAAAAUAAAGUAUUUGGGUUUCUCUUUAAUUUAUGUAUUAGGAUUAUAUAUAUACAAUUGUAUGUAUAAGUUAUGAUCUUGUUACAAGUA